ACAAUUUUCGAUUGACCAGUUUAGUUGCAAGUGAGUAUCGUGUUGAUGUGGUUUGAAUUUGAGCUGCACCACGUUUUUUGUGUCGUUGGAAAAGUAAACAUCCCGCGUUGUAUAUGAAUAUAGCAUCCUAUUUCUACAGAAAGACAAUAUUGUAACUUUAUCGUAAAAUAUACCAACGGAUCGACUUGAAAAUAGAUUUUAUUUCGAAGAAAAGUGCUGAAUUUGAAAUAUUUAUAUUUCGUGCACUUAAGAGUUUUGAGUGAUUGAUUAAAAUUUUGGUUUUUGAGUACCACAACGGAGAAACAGUAUCAGUAUGUCAGCGGAUUCAGAAUUAAGUUCAAUUUUAAAUCGACGACAACAGAUCAAUGACGACCUUGAAAACGGCAAGGAAGUUAAGCACACGUUCAAAGCGGUCAAUAUCUAUACUGAGUUUCAUGAAUUCAGUCGCAAGGAGAUCAAAGAAUAUCAGGCCACCUUCAAUAAAUACGACACUGGAAACGAUAGUUUUCUAUGUUUGAACGAGCUGAAAUUUAUGAUGGAAAAACUUGGUGCGCCGCAAACUCACCUGGGACUGAAAGCAAUGAUUCAGGAAGUUGAUGAGGACAAGGACAGCAAAAUUUCAUUCAGGGAAUUUCUGCUAAUCUUCAGAAAAGCUAAAGCUGGCGAAUUGAACACCGAAUCCGGUCUGGGCCAACUGGCCCGUUUAACUGAAAUCAAUGUAGAUGAAGUGGGCGUCAAUGGUGCAAAAGAAUUUUUCGAAGCCAAAAUUGAACAACAGAAAUUGUCGAAUAAAUUCCAUGACGAAAUUAAGCUGGAACAGGAGGAACGUCGAAAGGAGGAAGAGGAGAAACUUAGGCGGAAACAACUGUUCCAGCAAAGAGCUGCUCAGUUCAAACAAAACUAAGUUCAGUAUUUUUAUCAGUCAAUGUUAUGAAUUGUUUGUGCGGAAAAUCCGUUGAAAAUUAAAAUUAGGAAUUUAUGACAGUGUGCGAGUGUGUGCGUAUAAUAAGCAAAAUGCACGUAAAUGUAUAAUUGGUGUAAGUGUUAUUUUAUGCCUUGAAAGAAAAGAAUUAAUUUGAAAAACUUGUUGGUAGGACGGAAAAGAUAUUUCUAUUUUAUAAUUGACGAAUUUUACCAUUAAUUUUUUGUCUUCAGUCAUUAAGUGUAUUGCUUUUAAUUAGAUGUAAAUCGUAACUGUAAAAAAAGGAUAAGACGAAACAAUAAAAAAUGUAAAGUGAAACU